GCCAAAACCAAAACAAAACUUCAAAAAAAUUCAUCAGACCAAUCUCACCAAUCCAUCACCGGAACCAAAACAUUCUGUCUCAAAAACUCCAUCACUCCCGAUCGGUAUGGUGGAAGAACAGAACCAGCACCACCGAACGACGCCAUGAACACCGACGACGUCAACAGCGAAGGAUMUGGGUCUUCGUUCGGCUCGCCGACCCUCUUUCGACUGACGGGGGUGGACACGCGCCUGGGAGAUUUCUUCCUGGAAGAAUGCCUGGCGGGGGUCCUCCUCCGGAACGGGGAACGCGASCGCGAGCGCAGAAGCRGCGGUGGGGUGCCGCUGGUCACGGUGCUCGAAAAAGAAGGCGGCUUCGACGAACCCCCCGGAGCACACGAACCGCCGGCGCCGGCGCGAGGGGGGAGCCUUCUCUUUUGCCUCAACCCAGGCGACGGCUGGGAUUGCGGGGGGAAAGGACCGGGGUUYCCCUCGGACGACGACGUUUUGCAAAAGCUGGAGGAGUACAUUGCGUCCCGGUCGCCGUCGGUCGGGGGAGAGAACGAACAAAACCAACCCUCGGACGGUACCGCCACAACCUUUCUCCGGAAUCCGAGCGUGGCAGCGAUCACGGUGGUCGACGACGAAUCCGCCGAGGACGACACCGACGACCGCAACGUCGAAUACAUCACCGAGGAAGAGGCCUACCGGUUGUGGCUCCUCGACCAGCAAGAGCGACAGCAAGCAGAAGAACAGGCAGCAGAAGAACCCACCACUGCCACCGGCGGAAGGACAGUCGCCGUUUCGAGGCUCGUGAGCUCCCCCGACGGGGAACUCGUCGUCCCGAGGCACGCCAGCCGGGGAAGGGGGUGCGGGGAACCCCAGAGCGAUCGCAACGGAYCUUCCGGGGAGGGGAAACCAUCCACCGCCCCCGGUUUGUCCCCGGCAACGGUGCGGCAGCUGGAGCGCGACCCGGGCCUCCUGGAAUUCGACAACGUGCCGCGGGUCCACUACGCGGAGGUGGUCCAGCACCUCCGGAAGGCGAGCAAGAGCAACGGAGGCACCAACAACRACGGCGGAUGCGAGGCCCUCCGUGGCUUUGGGACGCGGCCGGUCGUGGUCCGGGGGUUCCGAACCGGGCCGGRAGCGGAGCCCGGGCCCCUCGGGAGGGACCUGGUGUCCUUCCGGGAGCGCCUCCGSGCCACCCUGCUCGACAAGGGGGCCGAGACGGUCGUCCGGACGGGCAACCGGGAAACCCUGGUGGAGAACGGCUUCCACAACUCYCGGGCCUCCCUCCUGGGGGGCGUSGGGGUGGUGGAAGAGGCCCUCCGCGGCCUUGCGGGGGAMAAGGGCAAAAGCAACGGCAGCGGGGACGGACCAACGCCGGACCCGGACCCCACCAUUGUCUUCAACCCGAUCCACGAGCUGCCACCGGAGUUUCGGGCGGGGGACGUCCUGGGCCUCUGGUUGGACCACGGCGGGAGCCGCAGUCCCGCCGGUGCCACUCCCGGCGGCGGCGGCGACGGCGAUCACCACCACACCAAUUCUGGCGAUGCGCCAGAGCCACGCCAAAGGAUCUUUCCCAACGCGCUGUGGCACCUCGUCCUGGACGAGGCCAACGCGAAUGCUUCCGGCAACAAAGACAGCGAUGGCGGCGGGAACAAAGACGACGGGAGCGGGAGCAGCAUCAAGUUCACCCUGUGCAUGGCCAACGAGGGUUUCGGCAUCGGGAUGCACAAGCACGGGCCGGCCCUGUUCUUUCUGACGGAGGGCCGAAAGAAGUGGUACCUCUCCCACCCGGACCCGAUCGACCGGCUUUUGUCUUGCGGSGAAGGCGGCAAGACGCACCCGGGGUUCUAYCGGGAGCUCUCGACCCACAAGUGCAUCCAGGAACCGGGGGAGCUCCUCCUGGUGCCCAACCUUUGGUACCACGAGAUCUACAACCUUUCGCCCGGCCCGACCAUCGGGAUCCAGGCCCUCGGGGGCGAGCGGCCGGUGCCGGGGGACCUCUGAGGCAAGGCAAACCGGGGAGGGCCCGGCCCGUGCUCCGGRACGCACGGCGAGCGGGCAGGCCACCACCCAAACGACGGCAGGACGCCGCCGCUCCGUAMRGCAUCGGAYCGUUCCCGUGGUCUCSGAGAGUGCGUGCCUGCUUUUCUUUGUUCGGUGUUCGUUAGUUGCCUCCUCCSAGAUCACCAAGAGAAMAACCAAACAUGCCGUUCAAUCUUUGUGCCUUGCCUUGACCCAAACAGACACGUCCUAGGAAUGCACCAACGAAASCGUUGACAGGUCAACUCAAUGAAGCUGGGGUGAURRRAACCAAGAGGUAUUACUUCACUUUGUCAUACAGUGAGUACCAACGAAGUGGAUAUCGUCAACCAUGGAGGUUGCAGUUACUGCUCGAUAUACUAUUCAUAGAAACAAACACAUCSCAUGCUGAAGAAGUCAUGUGAUUUGCACCAAGCAAUUCAUGUCUAUCAAWGCUCUCUGGCAAAAUCUUUAGACCAUUCAAAAUAGAAGGUAACAAAAACG